GUUUUGUGAUCCUGAAUGUUUUCAUUGGACAAAAGUGGUUGAAUUUUUAUUAUUGUUUUUGACAAGUAAUGUUUGAUCAGCUUGAAGGGAUAUGAGCGGUGGUUGCAACGGUUCUGCCAACAAGUAUUCCGCCAGCCAGAUCCCAACCUCGGCAGUCAAGUAUACACUGCUGUCCUCGGACACCGAACAAAAGACAUGCCUGUCCAGGAUAACAGCACAGAAAAACCUCAAACAGAAGUUUAUAGGUUUAAUUGUGAUUAUUGUUGUAGUGAUAAUCAGUGUAGUGUACUCCUGCACUUCAUGUGACUGGCAGUGUUCAAAUCUGUGUAUGAAAUCAUCCGACCCACUUAAAUAUGGAAACCAGUCUAGAGUGUUUGUUGCAAAAGGAAAAUUCCAAAAACGUCUUCCUCAUUGCAUAAUAAUAGGGGUGCGAAAAUGUGGCACAAGGGCCUUGCUAGAAUAUCUGGGUUUACAUCCAGAAAUUGUGGCCUCCUAUCAAGAACAACAUUUCUUUAACAAAUAUGAAAAUUACAAGAAAGGGCUUGGAUUUUACCAGUCGGAGAUGUUACCAAGUUAUGAAAAUCAGAUAACCAUGGAAAAGACACCAGGAUAUUUCAUUGACAUCAUGGCCCCAGAGAGAGUGUAUCGGAUGAACAGCAGUAUACGGCUCCUGCUCAUUGUAAGAGAUCCAGUCACACGCUUAAUUUCUGACUAUGCACAAUUGGCUGAGAAGAAUCAAAGAAGUAACUUGACAUACCCUCCAUUUGAGAGCUUAAUUAUAGACAAGAAUGGUGAUGUGAACCUGAAAUUCAAGGCAACUCGCAUCUCUAUAUACUACGAACAUCUCAGACACUGGCUUGAAUUUUUUGACUUGAAGCAAAUCCAUAUUGUUGAUGGUGAAGCCCUUAUAUCAAACCCCUACCCAGAAAUCUAUGCAGUGGAGACCUUCCUCGGCCUCCAUCACCGUAUACCCAGGGACACUUUCUACUAUAAUGAAACAAAGGGUUUCUAUUGUAUCAAUUCUAAGGUUGGUGGGGAGCAAUCCCCCUGUCUUGGUGAAACUAAAGGAAGAAAACAUCCCCCUGUAGAUCCUCAAGUCAUUCAACAGCUCCGUGAGUUUUAUAAACCAAGAAAUGAAAAAUUCUUCAGCCUGGUGAAGCGAACAUUUGAUUGGCAGUAAAAUGGUAGGAAUCUGCUGAAUAAUUCAAGGUUGUGCAUUUUCCAGGCGUUGUACAAAAAUAAAUAUGAAUUUACCCGAGUUAAUAACAUUUACCUGAUAGAUCUGAAGUGUUAAAUCUAGUGCAUGAAUAAUAGAAAUAAUGGUGCUGUGUCUUGGUGAAGCACUAUGGCAGUGAAGAACUAUUUAUUGUCUAUAUAACUAUUGUCAAUAUAUUGUCUUAUAUUAGAUCACAAUGAUCUCUCAAUUAGGUGCUGCAAUUUUCUGUAGUUGGGAUGGAACCUCAAGGUAGUAAUGUACAAUGGCAAAGACUUAGUAGUAUUAAUCUUUUAUGCCAGUCGGGAAGAGCUUAGUGCGGCUGUCGAGAGUGCCAAAUAGGAGGUUGCGGGAGUUGUCGGGUCGCUGAGGAGAUUGUUCCCGAAAAUGGGAGCUUCACUGACUGAAUAAUGAAGAUGAGCUUGUUUAAAAAUCAAGUCCUUUAUUUUGAAAGCAAACACAUAUAUAUAUAUAUAUAUAUAUCAAUAAACACAAAGUACAAAAGAUGUUACAAAUAGUUAAACUAAUUUGGGGAAAAUAGCAUACAACUCGCUUUUAAAAAUGCAUGUGAAAGGUUAACUGCUUGACAACAUUUUAUAUUACUAUUAGUUUAAUUUAAUAAUUGUUUGUUUAAUAACAUUAAUAAAAUGAACUUUAUAAAUACUUGCAAACAGAAAUAAGAUCUGUACAUUUCUAAGUGAGUUCAUAUUUUUAGACAAAUAAUUGAAUAACAUAAUUUUCACAUAAUUCAAACUUUUUAUUACAUGAAAAUAACUUCUAAAUGUUUUUAAAAAUAAAUUCACAAAAUAUUUAAACUAUUAUAUUUAAAAGUACUUUGAUAAAAUAAAUUGAGUUAAACACAAAAAGUUAUAUAUAAAAAUAAUGACAACAUACCUGAAUAAUGAAGAUGAGCUUGUUUAAAAAUCAAGUCCUUUAUGAUUUUCAGGACACAGGCUUCAUCUUAAAUACUAAGUUUUCAACAAUAUGAUACAGAUCUCAGAUUUGAUAAGCAUCAUUAAAUCAUUCGUCAACUUGUCAGUACAAAAGUUAUAAAAUUGAAGCUGAGUAGCCUGAGGGAUUGUGCUACUGUUUUGAAGAAAAAUAUAUGAUAGGUUGACAUCAAUUAAUGUAAUUAAAGGAAACCACUUAGCCUAAGGUGGCCAAAUUAUUAAACUUAAAAACAAGUUAAGAAUCUAAAAAGAUAUUUAUUAGCUGCCAAAAAUAUUAUACAGGCUGCAGGCAUUAAUAUGUUUACAUGAUUUAUAGACAUGCAAAGUUCGAAAAGGAGUUUUUAGUCAUAAUAGUUAUUCUUAAACUAUAUCUAAAUAAGUAAUUUUGAGUUAUUUAACAACAUACACAUAUUAUCCACAUAAAAUAAAUAUUUGUAAUUUACAAUUAUCAUUUUUACAUAAAUUUAUAUUUAAUUUAUGUAACAAAAAUGUGGGGCAUAAUAGUAUUAUGAACAUUUUACAACAUUAAUAAAGAUAAUUAUACUUAAUUGUCAUAGAAAUGCAUGUAGUAAUAAUAGUAUGAGAGUCUGAUUGUAAGAUCCAGUGGCACCAGGGACUCAGAUUUUCAGUUUGAGUUCCUUGGACCAAUAUGAAUAUCAUUUGAUAAACGAUCUUGGAAGGGUGUAAACAAUGUGUGAAUGCUAACAGAAUUCUUUAAUAUGACAAGCUUAUCAAGAAGAGAUUUUAACUUUGAUUGGUAUAGUCAACAUGUGAAAAGUUACAAGCAGAUUUCAUGUAUUGUAUUUAUUUGAAAUUUUAAACUAGUCACUCCAUGGGCACAACCAUACUGUUUAUUUUCAGAAUAAAUGUAUAAACAAUGAUGCCAUAAUUUACGGCUUACCUCACAUUUGCUUUAAGACCCAGUAUUUCUGCUUGGCGCUGUCCAGGUCUGUUCAAAUAAUAAUUUCUAAGAUCUUUAUGAAUCUGUUGGUUUUUUAUUUGGGUAAAUAUUUCAACAGAAGGGCAGAAAAUUAUGUUUUGUCUUCUCAAGUCAGCCAUUCAACUCUAUACCAAAAAUGCUCAUAAAAUACGAGAAAUUUCAAUCUUAUUAGUGAUUUUAAAAUUUACGUAACCUGUGACAAAACUUAGUUUCUUUCGGAACUUUUGUCUUCAACAUAUCUUACUUAAAUAAAUUUUUCUGUACAGUUGACUGGUUUGCAUUGAGACACCUUUAUGACUGUGGUAAUAUAAUGUACGGUUGACUGGUUUGCAUUGAAAGACCUUUAUGACUGUGGUAAUAUAAUGUACGGUUGACUGGUUUGCAUUGAGACACCUUUAUGACUGUGGUAAUAUAAUGUACGGUUGACUGGUUUGCAUUGAGACACCUUUAUGACUGUUGUAAUAUUAUGUACGGUUGACUGGUUUGCAUUGAGACACCUUUAUGACUGUGGUAAUAUAAUGUACGGUUGACUGGUUUGCAUUGAGACACCUUUAUGACUGUGGUAAUAUUAUGUACAGUUGACUGGUUUGCAUUGAGACACCUUUAUGACUGUGGUAAUAUAAUGUACGGUUGACUGGUUUGCAUUGAGACACCUUUAUGACUGUGGUAAUAUAAUGUACAGUUGACUGGUUUGCAUUGAGAGACCUUUAUGACUGUGGUUAUAUUAUGUAAAGUUGACUGGUUUGCAUUGAGAGACCUUUAUGACUGUGGUAAUAUUAUGUAAAGUUGACUGGUUUGCAUUGAGAGACCUUUAUGACUGUGGUAAUAUUAUAUAUGAUUGACUGGUUUGCAUUGAGAGACCUUUAUGACUGUGGUAAUUUUAUGUACUGUUGACUGGUUUGCAUUGAAAGACCUUUAUGACUGUGGUAAUUUUAUGUACUGUUGACUGGUUUGCAUUGAAAGACCUUUAUGACUGUGGUAAUAUAAUGUACUGUUGACUGGUUUGCAUUGAAAGACCUUUAUGACUGUGGUAAUAUAAUGUACAGUUGACUGGUUUGCAUUGAAAGACCUUUAUGACUGUGGUAAUUUUAUGUACUGUUGACUGGUUUGCAUUGAAAGACCUUUAUGACUGUGGUAAUAUGAUGUACUGUUGACUGGUUUGCAUUGAAAGACCUUUAUGACUGUGGUAAUAUGAUGUACUGUUGACUGGUUUGCAUUGAAAGACCUUUAUGACUGUGGUAAUAUGAUGUACUGUUGACUGGUUUGCAUUGAAAGACCUUUAUGACUGUGGUAUAUUAUGUACUGUUGAUUUGUUUGCAGCCAGCAGACCUGUGGUUAUAUUAUGUUUUCUAAUAUACUCAGGAUGUGGUAGGUAGUUUCAGUUGUUUUUAGUUUUUGUAAAUUUAACAAUGAUGAGAAGCUUGCAGCUAUAUUUUUUAUUUGUGUUUCAAAACAUAAAACGGGUAUAUUCAUGACAUUAUUAUUAAAGUUGAUCAUGUUUAAUGGUUGUUUGUUUUACAAACCUUACCUAUAUAUUGCAAUGUAGAUUAAUCAUUAUAUAGACAUGUACAUUUUUGUAUCGGUUUUGGCUUAGAAUAAACUUCAAAAGGAAGUGAAAUAUAUUUAAUGAAAUAUAAAUAUUUCAAUAUAAUCAAAGUAACCUAACCAUAUUUGUUAACAUCAACUGAUUGCUUGUAUGCAUUCAUCAAAUUAACAUCAGCAAGCAUUACAAUAAAGGUUGCAUUCGGAACACCUCGGCCAUUUUCCAUUGAAAACAACCUCUGAUGUUAAUGGACGGUUUACAAUGUCAGAAAUUUUGACAAUUAAAUACACUGCAAGUAGAUCGCAUAGUAAUUUCAAUUCAGCAGUUAAACUUAAUGACUUUAAUCCUGAGAAUCUUAGUUAUAUCAAUUUAAACCUCGAUAUACAAAAUACACAUUCAAACCAUACAAUUAGUUAAUACUCAUAAUUAUUUAAAAUUUUGCUAACUACUUCUACUAAUGUACCAGCAUACAUCCAAGGUUGUUUUCGAUGGAAAAUGGCUGAGGUGUUCGGAAUGUAAAGGUUAAAGAGAAAUUUUAAAUCUAUGGAUUAUUGAGUAAAAAAACCCAACUGGGAACAGUACUAGUUUAAUUGCUUUAUAAAUAAAUUAUUUUUUCAGUAAUUCACUCAGCGAAUAUCACAUUAUACUAAAGACCCAUUGUAUAUACCUAUUUUCUGUUUCAUUGAAACAUUUACACCCUGAAAUUGUUUGUCAAAUGUUAUUUUGAAAUUGAUGAAUUCCAUCAAGUCUCAAAUAAGUAUGAAACUGUACCCCUUGAUAUUAAAUCUUAAAUAGUCACCUUUGUUCAGUGCGUCAGUGACUUUUAAUUUCCAAGCUAUUUAAAUUGCCUUUGUCAUUCUUCCAUAUCAUCUAUUAUAUUAUUUACCUCACUCCAAUGACUUAUAUUAUUACAUUUCAUUUCAUGACACAUCUGAUCAUUAUUUUUAUUUUAUUUUAUGGUACCACUCUGUUGUAAGGGAUCAGGUCAUCAACAACCAAUAAUGAAUUUUUUAUGUGCAAAAUGUAUAUUUGAUUUGAUAUUUAAUAUUGUAGAAUAGUUGACAUUUAUAAUGUAUCAUUUUGGUACUGAAUUCUCUUACUUCUGUUUCCUUUCAAUGGUACAGUGUAAGCGUCUUGGGUAGUGUUUUGAAUACAGUAGUGAUCUCUAGUAUUCUGUCAAAUUUCUUUUUUUCUUAAAAAAACCUUGACACUGAUGGCCCAGUACAAUUUUUGAAUAUUAUUUUUUCAAUAUCUUUCUUAAUUUACGACCGAAAAGCAAUCUUUUUGUACAUCCCACAUGAAUGUUUAAGAUGUUGAAUAAUGAUCAUUUCAGAAAUAAUUAGUUAAAUUAUUAUUAGCAGAUAAUGAUUUAUUUUCUUGCUAACAAAUUCUUUGAAGUGGCCACUUUAUAUAUUAAGUAGUUUAAUUUUUAAUUGUUUAAAUUAUGCAGAAUGUUAAAUAUCCAUCUGAACAUUUUUGGUUUCAUAAAGAAAUUAACAAGAUAAUUUGCAUAAUUUUUUAUUCCUACACUUUUUUCUUUUGUACACAUUCUUUCAUCUCUGUGAUAUACUUGUAUACAUGAACUGGUUCAUGCUCCAACAUUUUCUCCUUAUAUAACUAUUUAUACAUGCAAGCGACAUUUGUCCCAUGCCCCAGUGGCAUCAGGUUUUAAUCCAUUGUUCAUAUUGAACUGGCCAGAUCGGUCACAUUAUACCAUGUAUAUAUCUACAAUAAAUAUUAUAACA